GUAACACCAAACAUUGUCCUGCUGCAAUGCUGUCGGUUUUAGUAAGGAUUGACAUUAUUUACGUAGCUUUUAUUGCUAAACUUAACUGUCAGUUUAGUUGCACAUAUUCACAUGGCGCCAGAAGGUAACUGAUGGAUCAAAUAUUUUGAUUUAUCAUCUUGUGACUGAUACCAGUAACUGGUUUGCGUUAGUGUUGUGAUUUUGGCUAGCGAGCAGGCUAACAGAACUUGUUAUGGUGCUAUUAUUCUGAAAUACGUUUUGUUCAGUUCUUCUGUUUUUUCUAUUGCUAUUUGAAAUGCAGUUCAAAAAAUGCACUAGGUGUCUUGUACUUAUUCAAGUAAAUUUUCAUGCAGAGCAACCCUUCAGUUGUCCACAACUGUCCAGCUGCAAACUUAAUUCGCUUGAGAUUAUAUAUACUUAAGAAAACGCGUCAGGAUGUACAAGCAGUGGUCUGUAGAUGUCAAUUCAGAUGCGAAGCUGAUGUGGAAACAGGGUGAAUCCAGCCUCCAGCCAAAUGGAGAAAAAACAAGCCCCAUAAGUGUUAUACUAGUUAGCUCUGGGAGCAGAGGAAAUAAACUGCUCUUCCGAUACCCGUUUCAGAGGGUGUCUGAAAACACUUCAUCAGCAACAUCAAAACAACGGAGUCCAUAUGUGUUGAAUACAUCAGGUGACUCCACAGAAGACCAGGAUGGUGAUUCAAGGUUUUCCGAUAGUAUUCUCGCCACCAUCUUGGCCACCAAGUCUGAUAUGUGCGGCAAGAAGUUUGAGCUAAAAAUAGACAAUGUGCGCUUCGUUGGACAUCCAACCUUACUGCAGCCUCCACACACUAUUCAGGUCUCCAAAACUGACCCCUCCCCCAAAAGAGAACUGCCCACCAUGAUCCUGUUCAGUGUCGUUUUUGCAUUAAGGGCCAAUGCAGAUGCCUCGGUCAUCAACUGUAUGCAUAACCUGUCUCGUCGUAUCGCCAUAGCGCUGCAGCACGAGGAGCGCAGGUGUCAGUACCUCACCAGAGAGGCCAAGCUCAUGCUGGCUGUGCAAGACGAGGUCACCACCAUGACUGAGACGGACGGCACCCCACAGUCGCCAUUUCGCCAGAUCCUUCCCAAGUGUAAAUUAGCAAGAGAUCUAAAAGAGGCCUAUGACAGCCUCUGCACAACUGGAGUGGUUCGGCUUCACAUUAAUAACUGGCUUGAGGUCAGUUUCUGCCUGCCACACAAAAUCCACCGUGUAGGAGGGAAACACAUCCCACCAGAAGCUCUUGAGCACAGCCUAAAGGCCAUUCGGCCGUAUCACGCACUGCUGCUCCUGGACAAUGAGAAAGUCUUACUAGCUCAGCUCCCUCUGGACUGCUCUCCUGCUCUAGUGCGCCUCAUCAAGACCUGCUCAGCUGUGAAGAACCUGCAGCAACUGGCUCAAGAUGCUGACCUGGCUCUCCUACAGGUUUUCCAGAUAGCUGCACAUUUGGUAUACUGGGGUAAAGCCAUAAUUAUCUAUCCUCUCUGUGAGAACAAUGUGUAUAUGCUCUCUCCCCAUGCUAACAUCUGCAUCUAUUCUCCUCUGGCUGAGCAGUUUGCCCUCCAAUUUCCAGGUCAUGACCUGCCCUCCAUGUUAGCAAAGUUCUCACUUCCUGUAUCUCUGUCAGAGUUCAGGAAUCCACUGGAUGCCCCUGUGCAUGAGGCCCAGCUCAUUCAAAUGGUGGUCUGGAUGCUCCAGCAUCGGCUGCUGUUUCAGCUCCAUACUUAUGUUUGUCUGCUGGUCCCGCCCAUUGAGGAGGAGCCUGGUCUGCGGGAGGAGGAGCCACCUCUAGUCACACGCCUUACAGGCCGAAGUCUGAGUACACCCAGUGCCUUGAGUUUCGGCUCUCCCACAAGUAGCGAUGACAUGACCCUCACGAGUCCCAGUAUGGAUAACUCAAGCGCUGAGCUCCAGACCGGAGGAGAUUCUCCUCUCAAUAAAAGAAUGACAGAAACUCUUCUGGCCAGCCUGACCGAACAUGAGCGGCAUGCCAUCCUCCGUGUCCCAGCAGCACAGAACCCAGAGGACCUGCGCUUGUUUGCCAGGCUGCUGCAUUAUUUCAGAGGCCAUCAUCACCUGGAAGAGAUCAUGUACAACGAGAACAUGCGUCGCUCGCAGCUAAAAACUUUAUUCGAUAAGUUUCGCAGUGUUUUAGUGAUAACCAACCACGAGGAUCCCAUCAUCUCUCUGUUCCAGUCUCCACCAGACUAAAUUGAUCAUUCAACAGUGAGUGUUUGCUUAUCAUCAGUGGCUUAAAUAACCAUGCGUGAAAUGCAUUCGACGUGCUCAGUUUCAUAAGUGGCUUAUGAAGUGAGCCUCACAUAAUCUACUGUAUAGCUGUAUUGACCAAAGAUUGUCAUGUUGUCAUGAUUUUUACCUCAUAUGCGGUUUAUUUUAAUAAACGAUUAAGGGGUCAUGGUGUGUGAAUCAUCCUUGGGCAUCCUCCCAAGCAUCUCCUAUGUGGAGAUUGCUCCCUGAUGUCAUAAACCAUCUCCUCAAGCAAACAAGACCCAAAACACAUACCAUGAUGAUAAUUCCAGACCAGAAUGAGUGCGGAGUAAACGGAGAAAGA